GUCCCCUCACUCCUCGUACAUCAUAAAUAAAAUCUCUCUCUCUCUCUCACUCACUCUCUUCCUUCAGUUCAUCUCAUUGAUCGAUCAAUCGAUCGAUUCAAUGGCCGAACCAUCAUCUUCCUUCUGCUCUGCUAAAUUUCUGGUAGUGAUUUGCCUAAUAACGGCGAUUCCUCUGGCACUGGUGAUAUCGUUGGAGAGGAGAAUCAAAUCGGAAGAGGGUUACGGAGGCAGUUACGAGUACUACAGUAAUGGAUGGUUGAGGGAGAGUUGCAAAUGGGACGAUCUCAACCGUCGGUUCCUCAUCUCCUCCUUCGACGGCGGUCUCUCCCAGAUCUUACUUCCCCAUGAUCACAACUCCGGCACAGUUUUGCUGGAAGAGGCCGUCGUCCAUGACGAUGAGGUUGCAGGAAACGCCACUUUGGGGAUCGUGAUUGACCGGAGCAGGAAUCGCCUUCUCGUUGCCAUUGCCGAUGUCCUCGGCAAUCGUUAUGGUGCCGUCGCUGCUUACGAUCUCACCACCUGGAAUCGCCUCUUCCUCACUCAGCUCAGCGGCCUACCAGGGGAUGAGAAGUCAUUCGCAGAUGAUGUGGCAGUGGAUUCAGAUGGCAAUGCUUACAUAACAGAUGCCAAGAACAACAAGAUAUGGAAGGUAGGGGUGGAGGGAGACCUUAAAUAUGUGAUCAAAAGCCCACUUUUCCACCCCAAGGAGUGGUACAAGACUUUUGUAGGCCUCAAUGGUAUAGUUUACCAUCCUAAGGGUUUCUUGCUAGUUAUCCACACCUUCACUGGCAAUCUCUUCAAGAUAGAUCAUUUGGGGGAUGUUAAGGAAGAGGUUCAAGUUAAGUUAGUUAAGUUGGUUGGAGGAGGUUCUUUGGCCCUUGGGGAUGGCAUGGAGCUUAUGUCUCCUACAAAGCUUGUAGUAGCAGGAUCAACACCUUCUGGGAGAUUGGUUGAGAGCUUGGAUGAAUGGGAAACCGCGAAGGUGGUCGCUAAGUACUCCGGGCCUUUGCAUCGGUUAGCCACCGGCGUUACUGUCAAGGAUGGAAAGCCAUAUCUGAACCACAUGUUUGGCUUGGGACUGCCUAGGAGAAAGCAUGUCAUCGUCGAGGCCGCCUUCUCCCCGGUUUAAGUCUGCCGGCAUACUUAGAUCAAUAAUAUGUAGUUACUAUAGUUACAAGUCUUAAGAUCAUAGCAUAGGAUAGAUAAUCAAGGAUCUUAACUUUCUAAGUACGGGGAGUGAUUCAUGCAUGUUGAA